UUAUACAUACACUCUUUUUGCUGGAUAAUUCAAGUUUAUUGAACGAAGUUUGCUCUCUAACAGGUUACACUUUUUACUUCUUCAGAAAUGCUCUUUAUCUCUGGACUGCCGUAAUCAGCUAUCAUUUAUGGAUGACACUGACAUCACUUAGCCGCAAUGAACCUGAAAAUCGCUUCCUGGUCUACAGUGCCUUUGCCUGGAUUCCUGCUGUUCUUUUCACUGGAAUCAUCUUUGUGGUCAACAAAGUCUGGGAGAAUGAUCCCCAUUACUGGAAUUGGAUGCCUUCAGUUGGUUUCAGUAGAUGUGUGUUGGUGGGUUCUGAAUGGACUUCAAGGAUCUUCAUCAAUGGACCCUUAAUUGUCAUAGGUAUUUUCAAUUGGACCAUGUUCAUCCUGACAGCUAGAUACAUUAGGAAAGUUAAGAAGGAUCUGAAGUAUUUUAGGCAACGGCAGGAUGGGACCUUGAACUGCCUUGAAUUCGACGGAGAGACUUACAUUCUUUUCCUGCGGCUCUCCGUUAUAAUGGGGUUAUCGUGGAUGCUUUUCUUAUGUGAAUUAAUAAAGUGGGAUCGCGAAUUAUGGGAGGUGAUUACUAAGGUAGUUAAUUAUCUCAAUAGCAGUAUCGGUAUUUUAUAUUUUGUGCUGCUCAUUCUUAAGCGCAGCACCCUUCGGAUGCUCAUGGAUAGAAUUCGCGAUCAGAUUUUCAAAUUAUGCUGA